CUGAAGUCCAGUCAAUAUUAGUCGUUUGCUAUCAAUUUUCUGUUCAAACCAUAAAGGCUUUUAUUGUGAAGGAACAGAACAGAACGUAUACCGGAAGUACUUUUAGUUGCUACUGUUUGUAGCAUUCAGGUACAACUUCUUAUAAAUCUAUCUUAGUAAUUUUACGUAACAGCAGCAAAUAUACGAAACACGAGGGCUACAGGAACAAUGCGACCGAUAUAUCGGUGUUUACAAAUGUAGUAAAUGUAGUAAUAGUUGCCAUUUAGCUGUACCGUUAAACACAUCAUUCAUAACGCAAGCUCAUGUGAGGAUGAGCUAGUUACCAUGAGGGUAACGUAACGUUAUCGUAAACUUUAACGCACUAACAUUAGCAAACACCAAGUGAGACGCACAUAAUUGUAAUUAUCCCUAUGUAGCACUUCUGCCGGUCAUAAUGUCUGCCCUGUAUCGAUGCGUUUCCAAAUUAAAAAAACAAACCGGUUUGAUGCAGCUCAUGAGAUUUUGGUAUAAUGCGCCUGCACAGUGGAAGACACCUGACAGCUUCCUGCGAGGUGGAGACACAGCCAUAACACAGGUAACAACUAGUCUCGGUACUAUGGCUAAUGAAUCGGGGAAGCGCAGUUGUUCUUCAACCGUGGACGGAACAGCUCGAGUUAAGAGAGUUUCUAUCGAGGGCAACAUUGCUGUUGGAAAGUCGACCUUUGCAAGACUCUUGCAGUCAGCUUGUCCAGACUGGGAGGUGGUGGCAGAACCUGUCAGCAAGUGGCAGAACAUUGACACUGGGACCCCAAAGGAGGCAGAUGCGUCCCAUCAGACAACAGUCAGCAACCUGCUGCAGAUGAUGUACCAGGACCCUCAGCGCUGGUCGUACACAUUUCAGACGUAUUCCUGUAUGAGUCGGCUGAGAACGCAGCUGCAGCCUCCUCCAGCUCGCCUGCUCAGCUCAGAGGGAACACCUGUCCAGGUGUAUGAGCGCUCAGUCUACAGCGACAGAUACAUCUUUGCCCUAAACAUGUUUGAGCUGGGUUGUAUCAACUCUACAGAGUGGGCAGUCUACCAGGACUGGCACUCCCUCCUGGUGGAGCAGUUUGGACACCAGGUGGAGCUGGAGGGCAUCAUCUACCUCAGAGCCCCACCACAGAAAUGUAUGGAGCGUCUGGAGCAUCGGGGAAGGGCUGAAGAAAAGGGAGUGAAACUGGACUAUCUGGAUAAGCUACACGUUCAACAUGAGAGGUGGCUUGUUGAGAAGUGCACUGAGAUACAUUUUGAGAAGUUGAAACAGAUACCUGUGUUACAACUCGACGCCAGUGUGGAGUUGUGUGACCCAGAGGUGCGCGAGCAGUUUAUAACAAGGGUGAAGAACUUCUUUGAUGCUUUAUGAGAAGACAGUCAUCGGCAGCCACCGGCAGUGGGAAACAUUUGAGAACAGGCGGACCUCAGUCAGUCAAGUGUGUUGACUGACUGAUAUACCGAAGCCUCUAUUAAUAUAGAAUAAUAACAUCUGCAGCACCAUAACCUCAUAAAACACACUGUAUUUUUUAGCUUGUUUAUUUAUUUGUUUUGAAAUUCACUAUGUAGUUAAAGUUACUUCUUGUACUAUACUGUUUAUACCAUUUGAAAUCUGAAAGCGAUUUUAUAGCCUGUGUAAAUCAUAUACUAAAUCUCUGUCAUCGUGACUAUUUAGCAGCAAAGUUUCCUGAACAUAAUAUAGUUUGUGUUAAAGGUACUGUUCUACACAUUCCUGACUGGCUGUAAAACUGAAUUAAGACAAUUAUUGUGUUUGUUGUUUCUUAAUAAAUAAACACAUUCUUUUUUUAAAA